UUCUUCCUUACCAUUCUUGCUAUGGGCCUCUGAUGUUUUAUCCAUUAUUGUCGUUUUGUUAUUUUGUUAUGCUUGGUUGCUUGGCAAGGGACGAAAAGAAGAAGAUUCUCAUAUUUUGGAGCCUCUUUUAAAAACUUGUUCCAGUCAAAACAAUGAUGAUGACAGACAAGGAUCAAGUGCCGAUGGAGAAAGUGUAACUCCUUAUGCAAAUGCCAAUCUUAUAGAUUUUUUUACUUUUUCUUGGAUGGGCCCUUUGCUUGCACUUGGGUAUAAGAAAACAUUGGACCUUGAAGAUGUUCCUCAGCUUGCCAAUUGUGAUAGUGCCAAUGUGGUCUUUUCUCAUUUUAGAAAUAAAUUUGAAUAUGAUGGUAAGGACAGUGAUAAUGAUAGUCAGGUAAGCACCCUUAAGCUGGUGAAGGCAUUGAUUUUUUCAAUGUGGAAAGAAAUUCUAUGGACGGCUCUUCUCUCCAUUGUAUGCACAUUGGCUUCUUAUAUUGGACCAUACUUUAUUGAAGCCUUUGUUCAGUAUCUCAAUAGCCCUAAAAAACUAAAAUAUAAAGGCUAUGUGCUAGUGUUUAUAUUCUUUCUUUCAAAGCUCAUAAAUUGCCUCUCAAAGAGGCAUUUGUUCUUUCAAUUGCGAAAGAUGGCAAUUACGGUCCGUGCUGUCUUGUUCUCAAUAAUCUAUAAGAAGGGUCUCAGGCUUUCGAGCCAAUCAAAGCAAAGCCACACUAGUGGGGAGAACACUAAUCUGAUGAGUGUUGAUGUUGAGAGGAUUGGCUUUUUCUCUUGGUACUUGCAUGAUAUAUGGAGGAUGCCUAUUGAGGUUGUUUUAGCAUUAUUGAUCUUAUACAAGAGCCUUGGGAUUGCUUCACUUGCAGUUUUUGUUGCCACAAUAGUUUUGAUGUUAGCAAAUGUUCCACUGGGAAAGCUACAAGAGAAAUUUCAGGGGGAAUUGAUGGAUUCAAAAGAUCGAAGGAUGAAGGUGACAUCUGAGGCUCUAAGGAAUAUGAGAAUUCUAAAGCUCCAAGGCUGGGAGAUGAAGUUCUUGGCUAAGAUCAUUGAGCUCAGGAACUCUGAAACAAGAUGGUUGAAAAAAUUACUUUAUACAUCAGCUAUUAGUGCCUUUGUCUACUAUUCAGCUCCCAUGUUUGUAUCUAUGGUCACUUUUGGGUUUUGUAUCCUUAUAGGAAUUCCGCUAGAGUCGGGGAAGAUUCUAUCUGCACUUGCUAUAAUUGAGAUAUUGCAAGAGCCCAUUUAUAAUCUCCCAGACACAAUCUCCAUGAUAGUUCAGACUAAAGUUUCCCUCAACAGGAUAGUCUCAUUCCUUUGUCUCGAUGAUCUUCAUCUGAAUAUAGUACAAAAGCUUCCAAGAGAUGGAACCGAGGUUGCAAUUGAAAUAGUCAAUGGAAAUUUUUCUUGGGACCUUAAUUCCCCUAAACUCAUAUUAAAAGAUCUUAAUUUUCGAGUGCACCAUGGAAUGAGAGUGGCUAUCUGUGGUUCUGUUGGGUCAGGAAAGUCAAGCUUACUUUCAUGCAUAUUGGGGGAAGUGCCGAAGGUAUCUGGAGCAAUUGAGUUGAAUGGGACAAAGGCAUAUGUUGCACAAUCACCUUGGAUACAAAGUGGCAAGAUAGUAGACAAUAUAUUAUUUGGCAAGGAGAUGGACAAGGAAAGAUACGAGAAGGUCCUUGAAGCAUGUUCAUUGAAGAAGGACCUAGAAUUAUGUGCCUUUGGGGACCAGACUAUCGUAGGAGAAAGGGGGAUCAACUUGAGUGGUGGGCAAAAGCAAAGGAUCCAAAUUGCACGUGCUUUAUACCAUGAUGCUGAUAUUUAUCUGCUUGAUGAUCCUUUUAGUGCUGUGGAUGCUCACACAGGAACUCAUCUUUUUAAGGAGUGUUUGAUGGGAAUUUUAAGUUCAAAAACAGUAAUUUAUGUUACCCAUCAAGUAGAGUUUUUACCUCCGGCUGAUCUUAUCCUGGUUAUGAGAGACGGAAGGAUUACUCAAGCAGGAAAGUAUGCAGAAAUUCUUGAUUCAGGAACUGACUUUAUAGAGUUAGUAGGUGCACAUGAGAAAGCUUUGUCAGACUUUAAUUUUAUCGAACGUGGGGUUGCUUUAGAUAAUUUAAUUAAUGGUGAGGAAGAUGAUAAUAUGUUGUAUAGAGUGAAUUCUAUUAAAAAUGAUGAAGAAAGGGAACCAAAAAAUGACAAAACAGAAAAAUUGGUUGGGCCAGAAGGGCAACUUGUCCAAGAAGAAGAAAGAGAAAAGGGUGAAGUUAGUCUUUCAGUCUAUUGGAAGUAUGUUACCGCCACAUAUAAAGGAGCUUUAGUACCAUUGAUAUUAGUGGCACAAAUUCUUUUUCAGCUUCUCCUAAUAUUCAGUAGUUACUGGAUGGUAUUGGCAACUCCCGUUUCGCAUGAUCUAAGACCUCAUGUUAAAGGAUCCACUCUCAUCUUUGUAUAUUUUGCUUUGACCCUCGGAAGUUCCAUUUGUAUACUUGUAAGGUCUAUGCUCAUUGUAAUUGCUGGAUACAAGACAGCUACUAUACUUUUCAACAAAAUGCAUUUGUGCAUUUUUCGUGCUCCUCUAUCAUUUUUUGAUUCUACUCCGAGUGGAAGGAUUUUAAAUCGGGCAUCCAUAGAUCAAAGUGCACUUGAUACCUCUAUCCCACAUGAUAUUGAAGGAUUUCUUAUGUCAGUCAUAGCAUUCGUGGGAACUACUGUAGUAAUGUCACAGAUUGCAUGGAAAAUGCUAAUAGUUUUUAUUCCGUUGACUGUGACAUGCAUCUGGUACCAGCGAUACUACAUAUGCGCGGCACGAGAACUGUCACGAUUAUUUGGAGUAUGUCAUGCUCCAAUUAUACAACAUUUUGUUGAAUCUAGUUUAGGUUCAACCACAAUCAGGUGCUUUAAUCAAGAAGAGAGGUUUAUGGACACAAAUCUUAAGCUGGUGGAUGGGUAUUCCCGACCCAAAUUUCAUUUCUCUGGUGCAAUAGAGUGGUUAUGUUUCCGAAUGGAUAUGUUGGCAUCCAUCACAUAUGCCGUUUGUUUGGUUUUCUUGAUCUCAAUGCCGAAAGGAGUACUUAGUCCUGGUGUUAUGGGUUUAGCUGUUACAUAUGGGCUUAAUUUUAGUAUGCAUGGAAUCAUAUGGGAUCUUAACAGACUUGAGGCCAAAAUCAUAUCCGUUGAGAGAAUACUGCAAUACAUUUGCAUCCCCAGUGAACCCCCUCUAUUGGUAGAAGAAAAUAGGCCAAAUCGUGAAUGGCCAUCACAAGGGAAAGUUGAUAUUGUUGAUCUGCAGCUCCGAUAUGCCCCACACCUUCCUCUUGUCUUGCCUGGUCUCACAUGCACUUUCCCUGGAGGGAUGAAGAUUGGCAUUGUUGGGCGAACGGGAAGUGGUAAAUCGACUCUCGUGCAGGCUCUCUUUCGUGUGCUUGAACCUGUAGCUGGUCAUAUUUGGAUAGAUGGUAUCAACAUCUCUAAGAUUGGCCUCCACGACUUACGGUCAAGAUUGAGUAUCAUCCCACAAGACCCAACAAUGUUUGAGGGGACUCUAAGAAGCAAUCUUGACCCGCUUGAAGAGUACACUGAUGAACAGAUCUGGGAGGCUGUAGAUAGAGUCCAACUUGGUGAUGAAGUUAGAAAGAAGGAAAUGAAGCUUUAUUCUGCAGUGACUGAGAAUGGAGAGAAUUUAAGCAUGGGGCAAAGGCAACUAAUCUGUUUAGGGAGGGCAUUACUCAAGAGGAGCAAAUUGUUAGUGCUCGAUGAAGCUACUGCAUCAGUGGAUACUGUAACUGACUAUCAAAUUCAACAAACUAUUAGGCAACACUUCUCUGGGUCUACUGUCAUCACAAUCGCACAUAGGAUAACAUCAAUUCUUGAUAACAAUAUGGUCCUCCUUCUUGAUAAUGGCCUUGUACUGGAAUAUGAUUCCCCAACCAAAUUGCUUGAGAACAAGUCCUCAUCAUUUGCAAAGCUUUUUAAGGAGUAUACUCGAACAUGUAGUUCUUAGUAUUGAAAGGCUAAAUAAGUGGGUUUUAAAUUUUCA